AGGAAUUUUCAAACUACACAGGGAUCACAGCCAAACUGAGGAUCUUGAUGUCUUUUUAUGUCUCAAGUAUAGUGUCUGCUUUGGAUACUGCUAACAUUUCUGACAUGCUGGUUGCUAAACUUCUUCCUUAUAUACAGAAGGGGUUAAAGACUUCCUUAGUGGAAUACAAAUCUUCCACAUUCAUCAUAAUCUGCCAGUUGGCAACAAAGUCGAUUAUAGCGCCUUCUCUGAUAAAUGCCCUGGCAUCGCAGGUCAGUAGAACACUACUCAAAACUCCGUCUCUUCUCCGAGAAGGUGUGGGAUGUCUAAUUAUACUUCUGCAGACUCAACAAUCCUUGGAUGUGGGAAAAAAGCCAUUUAUUCAUCUCUGCAAGGUGCCUGACCUGGUCGGUGUUCUGAAGGAAAUAUCCAGCUUAUAUGACAUAUCCUCGUUUUUAGAAUACCUUCUAUUAAAUUUGGUCUCCACUAUCAUCCACUCAUCAGCAGGGGAGGAUGCUGAUGUGGCAGGUCCUGUUGUGUGUAAAGAGAUUCUUGAAGCAAUACUCCAAAAUAUCACCUUGGAUGCAGACUUGUCUAAGAUGUUAGCUAGGGCUUUUCUGGAAGAAUUCCUCUCAUUUGGUAAACACUACCUUGAGGACACAAACAAAAUGGCUGAGUUGGGAAAAAGCAUUCUGCCUCUCAUAAGGCUUUUGGAAACAAAGUAUGUUGGAAUUUAUUACAUUGUAUGGUGAAUGCAGAAGUUCAUUAAUGAUAUUUGAUUGUCUUGUUUACCAAGGGAUUAGUAUAAUUUAGCAAUGCUCUGUUUUAAGCAGCCUAUAGAUUGUGAUACAUCACUCCUACUCAGCUUAAAUCAUCCACAGCCAGUGGUGAGACAACAUGCUGUUCUGCACCUUAAGAACAUCAUUGAGACCUCUAAGUCAGGUUUUGAUGAAUCUUUUCUUAAGGACGCGAUCAUGGCUCGUCUCAUGGAUGAAAAUGUUGAGGUGCUUUUGUCUGCUUUAAAUUCU